AGAUCAUUAGUCAAUGAAACUAGUGAUAAUGCGAAGAAUUUUUUUAGUAGGGAAAUCAAUGAUAUAAGUGAGAAUGUGGAAGAGUUUUUGAAGGAUAAGAUGAAGUUAGAUAUUAUUAAGGAAUUGGAUAGUAAUAAUGAUACUAUAGAAAAUGAAUGGGAUAAUGAGGAAGAUAGUGACUGGAAGUUGGAAAAUAAUAUUGAGACAGGAAGGGAAAUUCAAAAUCAUUUAUUAGAUAUUAGUUUAGAUUUAAUUUGA